AUGACUUUGGAGCACCCCGUGACCCGACUCGUCCCCGCCUACGCCGCUGUCGUUCUGGUUGCCGCGAUGGCCUCGCCGGUCGCGGCGGAACUGUUCAUCAACGAGCUGUUCUUCGACCCGGGCGGAGCCGGGUUCGACCAACGCGACGAGUUCAUUGAGUUGCGAGGCCCGUCGGGCAUGUCGCUUGACAAUCACUACCUGAUCUUCCUCGAGGGCGAAGACAACGUCGCCGGCACAGGCGGCGCGGGCACGAUCGACAACAUCUUCGAUCUCAGCGGUCAGUCCCUCGGCUCGAACGGCUUCUUGGUCUACCGGCAGGCCGGCAACCUGGAGGGGGGCGCCACCGAUUCGGGACCGAGCCGCUACUCGGUCGUUCCCAGCGCGACCGACCUGAUCAACACGGGAACCGGGCCUGGAUACGGCUCGGGCUCGGGCAGCACGAUCGGCGCCUCCGACUUGGGCGACGAGGGCACGAUUGAGAACGGCGGGACCACGGCCAUGCUGAUCCGCAACGACUCGGGCUCCGCCCCGGUUCUGGGCGAUGACCUCGACGAUGGCAACGACGGUCUCGACGACCCGAACGGCCAAGACGGGUGGACCAUCCUCGACGCGGUCUCGUACUUCGAGCCGCUGGAGACCGUCUUCGGUCGCGCCUACGCGCCGAUUGUCUACGGCACCGAGGAACUUGGGUCGCUCGUCUUCUUCGAAGGCGGCAUCCGUGAGAUCGACCCUGGCCUUGAGCCGGGGGCCGAGUACGUCGCGGUGGGGUACGAGAUCGAGUACGUGGGGCGGUGGGGCAACUCGACGGGCCAGACCAACGCCGACUGGCACGCUUCGAACCUGACGGACAACACCGGCUCCGGCGCGAUACCAGAAGCGCAGCUGCCUCCCGGUUCGCCGAUCGACUUCCGCCAGUCGUUUACCGGCGACCACGGCGAGUUGGCCAGCGGCGACCCGAACACGCCCUCUUCGCAGCCGACGCCCGAUCAGGGCAUCCUGGAGAGCAACCAAGGGGUCCCCUACGGCACGCGUCUGCUAACCAACGUCGGCGGCCCCAACUACCUUACCGGCGACUACAACGGCGACGGCGUCGUCAACGCGGCGGACUACACGGUCUGGCGAGACACCGAGGGGACGCUCGGCAACGAGACGACCCACCCGGCGGCGGAUCACAACCACGACUUCCUCGUCAACGCCGACGACUACGCCAACUGGGUCAACGCGUUCGGCGACCCCGCCGGCGACGCGAACGCCGUAGCGGUUCCCGAGCCGGCGAGCGCCGUGUUGCUGGCGCGCCAGCACCGGCUCGCCCGCUUCGACGUGGCGGAUCGUCUGGUAGCCGAACGUCGAGAACGUCGUCAGCCCGCCCAACAGGCCGACCGUCACGCCGACGUGCCAAGUCGCCGGCUUCGCUUGGGCGAGCCACGCUUCGUGCAUCAACAGCCCCAGCGCGAAGCAGCCGACGACGUUGACCAAGAGCGUCGCGUGGCCGAACCGGCCGCCCCAAAGCUCCUGGCACGCCAUGCCCGCGCCGUGACGCAGCAUGGCCCCGGCGGCGCCUCCCAGAGCGACCGCGGCGAGUUGCUCACCCCCGCCUCGUUCUCUUUCGGUCGCUUCAGACCGGAUAAGUGGACUUUCCCGAACGCGCGCCAGAGGCAGCGAGCGAUGGAGCAGAAUCGGCAAUUCGAGAUCGUCCCCGCGAUGCUGGUCGCGUUGGCGUGGGGCGCGCUGGGACUCACCGUUGUGGCGGUGAUCGGAUCGGGCGAAGUCGCCGAGUCGGUGGCGACGGCGCCGCCGACCCGCACGCACGCGCCGCUCCGCUGGCCGCUGGCCGAGUUGCCUCCGCUCGAGACGCCCGACCUGCAGCUCGCCGAGGAGCCGUCAUUCCUCGAAGGCUGGGCGCCGCAGCCCUUGGCGAUCGGUCUCGCCGUCGCCCCGCCGAUCGACCGGGACGCGACCGACGCUCUCGUCACAACGCCGCUGAUCAGCAAGCGAUCCGCCCACGCCGCGCGGCCAUCACUCAAGCGCGGCCCGGUCGCUUACCAAGGUCGGCUCGUCGUGAUGACGCCAUCCGAGCCGCGUUGGCGAGCCGGCGACCGAGCACGGCUGGUCGUCACCUCGCGGAUGCGCGCCCAGUGGACGAUCGCGGGGAUCGACUCGGUCGAGUUGGCUCGCGCCGCUGGCCGGAUGAUCUCCGAGCCGGACUACCGGACGCCGGCUGAAUGGGCGGUCGCUCGAUUGCAGCAGGCCAGCCGGUGGCAAGCGGACGCGGCGGGCAAGACCGCGGCGACCGAACCGUCGCGGCCCGCGCCGGCGCGGAGCACCCUGUUGCUCGCGCCGCCGAAGACCGUCGCGCGUAAGCCGGUGGUCCGCGACCGUCGGCCGGUGACGACGCCGAUCGUCGUCCCGACCAUCUUGGAGUACCUCUCCAACGCACCGAGCGUCGACUUCCCGACGCCGCGCGCCCUGGCAGUGCAGCUCGACCGCGUCGCCGCAGACCGCGACCUCGCGCCGUGGGCUUGGGCCACCGCCUACCGGCUGCGGACGCUCGGCGCGACGCCGGCGGGCGACGAGCUGGCGAUCGGUUCGAACUUCGCGGCGCUUGUCAACGCGGUGGCUGACGCCCGGGUCCGUGCGGAGCAGCUCCGCGAUGGCGCGUCUGCUACGGAGCUGCGACGGGCGGCUUACGCGAUCGAUCGUCGCGUCGCCACGUGGCGGCCGAGCCAAGAGCACGCCGUCACGCUCGCGAAGCGCGGCGUCCUGCCCGCUGACCAGCUCGCCAACGCUCGUUGGGCGUCGCGAGGCGAAGCCUUACCCCGCCUGACGGACGCGGCCGAUGCGGCGCCGCUUCGCGUCGCCGCGCGGCUCGAGGCGUACGAGGCCAGGCCGUCAUACCGUCUGGCGAAGCUGGUCGCCACGGACGCGGUCCGACUCGCCCAGUCGAGCGACGCCGAGGCGGUCGAGCUCUCCCGCGCCAUCGAGACGAACUAUCGCAACGCCAACGUGCGGGUGGCGAUCGCCGCGGGGCUGAUCGAGCGGCUCCUGCCCGCCGCCGAGCCGACGACGAGUCCGGUCCGCGACCGCAUCGCCGGCACGCUGGUGACCGGCCGCUCGACGACGCAGUCGCAACUCGGCGUGGAGCUGAUCCCGGACGAGGCGGCCUGGCGGAUCGGCUUCGCGGCCGAGGGGAACGUCAUCGCCCGAACCGCCUCACACGGCCGGCCGGCGCGGGUCGUUAGCCAUGGCGUGACCCGGUUCUCGGCCACCAAGCUCGUCGUGGUGUCCCGCGAGUCGCUCGACGCGAUGCCGUCGGUGGUCGAAGCAACGAGCGCGUCGCCCCGCUUGGUUGGUCUGUCGACGAACUACGACCGGGUCCCGGUGCUGCGGGACUACGCCCGUUCCACCGCUCGCAAGGAGUACUCCAGGCUCCGCGGCCGCGCUCGGGUCGAGACGCAGGCCAAGGUCGAGCACCGCGUGCGUCGCGAGCUGGACAACCGUGUCGCCGAACAGAUCGCCAGGCUCGACGCCCGGUACGAAGAGGCCGUCCUGUCGCGGGCCGAACGACUGGGGCUCCGCGUCGAACCGCUCGAGAUGCGGACCACCGACACGCGUCUGAUCAGCCGGCUGCGGCUCGCCGGUGACCAGCAGCUUGCGGCCCACACGCCACGGAUGCGGGCGCCGUCGGACAGCCUGCUGAGCGUGCAACUGCACGAGUCGACGCUCAACAACGCCCUGGAAGGCCUCGAGCUAGCCGGCGCCCGGCUGACGCCGGAGCAGCUCCGCGAGCGGAUGGUCGAGAAGCUGGGCGUCGAGCCGCAGCCGGCCGACGAGAAGGUCCGAGCCAUCCUCCAGUUCGCCGAGGUCGAGCCCGCCCGCUUCAAGCUGCAAGACGGCCGCGCCGAGUUGGUGCUCUCGUUCCGCGAGCUGUCGGUCGCGCGGCGUCGCCACCGCGACUUCAAGGUCCACGCCUUCUACCGGCCGGUGGUCGAUGGCGUGAACGCCACGCUCGUGCAAGACGGCACGCCGCACAUCGAAGGCCGCCUCCGCACCGCCAGCCGGAUGCACCUGCACGGCGUGCUCGGCAAGGUGCUCGCGAAGAGUGAGCGGCUGCCGUUGGUCGCGGUCGGCCCCGACACGCCUGAUCAGGUCGCCGCGGCGCUCGUGGGCUUGUCGACCAACCAGUUCGUCAUCGAAGACGGCUGGCUCGGCUUGGCGAUCGGCCCGACGCGGCCCUCCGACCGCGUCGCCUUGCAAGUCGGCCGGUACGUCCGCUGA